CCAUCGUUAUUAUCGAUAGUGCCAUCGAUGGUUUUGCUUUUGCUUUCUGGGCAAUAAUAAUAAUUUCAUCCAAUCAAUAUACCUGAUAUCAACAACUGAAUGCACAAAACACACCGUCUGACGGAGAGCCAAUACAUGGAGGUUGAGGGUUUGCUGCAGCAGGCUAUGGACAUGCCCAGUAGUCGGGAGCACGACCAGGAAGGAGAAAUCGAGCCGGAGCCAUCAUGCCGACUGAGCCGGUAUAAUGUGACGAACCUGUACGAUGGACCUGUUACGGGACCGGGUCCUGGGUUUGGACUAUCAGCGGGACCGGGACGUCAGCGUUGCUACACAAUGCCGCACGUACCUCCACCAGCGCCGCCCUCCACACCUACGCUGCUGACCAGUGCCAACAGCAACAAUAGCAAUAGCAAUGGAAAUUGCAGCUCCAGCUCGCCCACCUGCUCGGCCGGUCUCACGGCCGACAAUCAACUCAAUCAUUUUAUCUAUGUGAAAGGCAAGAACCUGCGUCGAGAGUCGCGCUGCGUCGACUCUGAACUGUCCAAGCUCUUUAACGUUGUGUCCAUCACGAAUCGCCUCACGGCCUUCAAGAAUCGUUCGAAGCAACUGCAGCUGGCGGAUCGUGGCAUCAUUAAUGCAUCGCGAACCAUAUCCAAGCUGCAUGGUGCGACGGCGACCGCGACAGCGACGAAAAUCUUCAAGAUUCACCGCGAUCCCAAGGACUUCCUGCGCGAAACGGACGAGGAUUCUGUAUCGGCGCCGGAGUACGAUGAGGAGGAGGAGGAUACGCGAUUCCGUUUCUUCCGACGAACACGGCACUCCCGGCGACACUCUUACACCCGCAUGGAGCGCAAGUUCGCCCGAUUCGAGCAUCACGAGCGCAUGGAGACGAUUGUCGACAGCUUUGAUGCGGCCAUGAGCUUCAACGAUGCGGACACCUGAUGGGCAACGAAAGCGUCAGCGAGCUCCAUCAGAGGCACGCGCUUGGCAGAGGUGGUUGGCCAACCAAUGUGAUGAAUGUGAAUUUCAACUAAAUUAUUUUUAUUACUACAUACUACUAUUAUUACGAUUAUUAUUACCGAACUGUUCUCUCCAUACACUUAGUUCCCUUCAACGCCGAUUGCCGUCGCGUCCUUGCGACUCUGAGUCCGACUCAUUCCGACUCGGACGAAGGACGCAGCGCAGGGCAGAGCAUUUAGUUUAGCUUAGUUUUUACGCCUCUGGGGCGGAGCAGAAGCAGCCGGAAGGCUGCACUCAUGUUGUGCUUACACAAAAAACCGACAGAACGAUUCCAAUAAAAGCACAAAAUGUGUUGUAUGUAUUUGAGAAGAGAA